AUGACACACGAACGAAUGGGUAAAUCGCGCAGACGAGCCUCGCCGGACGAGGUGGAACUGGCACGUCGAGCUAUAGGCAGCAACACGCAGAUUCAGUUGAGCAGAGGCUUCAGCGCUGGUCAAUUACAGUACACCAUUCCGAUCAAAGUAGGAGCUGCUGCAGAAGAAUUUCAUUUGCAAUUGGAUACCGGCUCGAGCGAUCUGGUGAGUUUUGUGGCCAGAGUGGCGAGGAUAUUGCGGGAGUCCGGCGCGUUUGAGCUGACUGUUGGAUCGUCUACUCAGUGGCUCGCAUCAAAAGAUUGCCGAUCCACCAGCUGUCGACCAAAUUCCGGCGCGGGCGUAGACUUGUACGACGAUGACGGUGCGACCAAAACUGUGAGCGGCUCCAUGUUCCGUGCCUCUUCAUCCGUGCAAGCUUGCUGAGACGUAAUGGAGCUCUUGAUAGAACAAGGAAUUUGAUAUUACUUAUUUGGCAGGCACAGCAAAAGGAGACAUCGUUACGAGCACUGUAGAAGUGGGUGGAACAUCGUUCGACCAAGCUUUUGCAGCUGCCACCGACGUGGAAUCACAACAGCUGGGAUCGAUGGGUGCAUCGGGCGUGCUGGGACUCGCUCUGCCCGCCAACUCGAUCAUACAAGCGACGCUCAAAGGGUCACCUGCCGCCGCGAAUGACUCCUUUCCCACCUCCAGCGCCACGGGUAGCAUUCUGCCCGGCGUGUGGCAGGAUGCAGCUGCAGGGACACGAUUCUUUAGCAUUGGCUUGCAACGUUUGCCUUCGGAUGGAGGCAAUGGCAACUCGACGCUCACUUUCGGAGGGUACGAUGCUGCUUAUGCGCCGGAUGCGAGCAAGAUCAAGUGGGGCUCCAAUGUGGCUGAUACGGACGGCGUCAAUCGUAAAUGGACCUCCCUCGUCACCCAGCUCAUCACUACGGUCAACGGCACCUCUACCGCUUUGCCGAAUUACACUGCCCUGAAAGCCAUCUGGGACACUGGUGCUCGCUUCAAUUAUGGCAGGAGGGACAUCCUGAAUGCCAUGUAUGGCGCGUACGGACUCGGCCCGAAUGCGGAUCAGAGCGGAUACUACUUUCCCUGUCGCACAUUGCUGCAGAUCACCCUCAGCAUCAAUGGAGAGCUCGCAACCAUCCAUCCGCUCGACUCGACGCUCAAGCAGACGGAUCCGACUUCGUCAAGCUCUUCGGGCUGCAUCGGCGGCUUCCAACCCUUUGUCGACGACGCGAAUGCGCCGGCCGAUCUGGUGCUCGGUGCGCCUGCUAUGCGAAGCAUAUACAGCGCGUUCUCUUGCGAUGGUAUUCUGAACGGCGCUCCUCAAGGUGCUGCGACGCCCAAUUGCGAUCGCCCACAAAUUGGCGUGCUGGGGCUACUCAACGAUCCUGCUUCUCGCAACGAAGCCAUAGAUCAAUUCAACCAGGUGCGCGUGCAAGGAAAGAGUCUGGGAGACGACUCGAUCAUUGACAACGACGGAGCUGGCGGUACUGCAUCGAGAGGUCUAGGGUCGGGCGCGAAGAUUGCUAUCGGCGUGGUGCUGGGUGUCGUUGGGCUGUUGGUCGUUGUAGCAGGUGCGGUGCUCUACGUCAAGCGACGAAGAGCAGCGAGAAAUGGCGAAUACGACUCGCCGGGACAAGGACUGGAUGGCGCGGCAGAGAAGGAGGAAGUGUUGGAUGGUGGGCGUCGAGCUCAAAAGUCGGCAAAGGAGCAAGCUGCAGCGAGAGAAUGGGCACUGUUGCACGGACAAUUUCCCGAAGACGACCCUCAAGGAGAACAGCCGGAUCUUGCUGCUCGAACCACUGCGGCGCCUACGUGGGACACUGAUUCCAGGGGCUACUGGGAAGCGCGUGCGGUCAAGAAUGAGUACAAACAAAAAGCUAGGGCUCCUGCCCGAGGCGACGCCUCGAGUAGUGGAGCAUCGGGCACGGGAAAGGAACAUGAGGUCUCAGGACAAAGAGCAGGUCAGCACAAGCAUAGCGGCGCUAGCGGUUUUACGGCCCAUCCAGAGUCGUACGAAAUGUCGGAGACGGGCAGUCAUAGACUUGGACCGCUGUCGCAUGAUGCCACACACUCCCCGCUUUAG